AACGCCUCAACUGUCGAAGGGUCCCACAUGAGGGGCAUUCUGUAAUUAAAGUCAAAAUCAGUGGUCCAAUUGGUAUUACAAUUGAUACUUUUUUAUAUUUACUUAACGGCCCCCUUCCAGUCUGACCUGCAACAUCUUCUUAUACUUCCUCUCCAACAAACACCGCCGGCCACACCAUCCACAAUCCUCUCACUCAACUGUUUUUUUCGGUCACUGUGCUCGCCGGAAACUGACAUUAUCGGCUGAGAAAGCGGUGUCGCCGCCUAUACAGACGCAAAUGCAUCUCCUCCUCCACUGCCGUGGUUUUCGGCUCGUUAGAGCUUUGUUCUGUGCUGCGGCUGUGCUUGAGUGGUUCACGGCGACGGCUCAGCUCCAACACCAUGUGGCGGAUCUACAUUGGCUUCCAGCCACCGCCACGUGGUACGGAAGUCCCGAGGGAGACGGUAGCGACGGUGGAGCAUGUGGGUAUGGUAAUUUAGUGGAUGUGAAGCCUCUAAAGGCCAGAGUUGGGGCUGUGAGUCCAGUUCUGUUCAGAAAUGGCGAAGGUUGUGGAGCUUGUUACAAAGUAAAGUGUUUAGACAACAACAUUUGCUCUAGACGAGCAGUGACUAUAAUCGUCACCGACGAAUGCCCCGGUGGGUAUUGUUCCAAUGGCAACACCCACUUCGAUCUGAGCGGCGCCGCCUUCGGCCGCAUGGCCAUCACCGGCGAAGGUGGGCAACUCAGGAACCGAGGCGAAAUCCCAGUUAUUUACCGACGGACGCCGUGUAAGUACCCAGGCAAGCACAUUGCGUUCCAUGUCAAUGAAGGGUCGACAGAUUACUGGCUCUCACUCUUGGUUGAAUUCGAGGACGGCGAUGGCGACAUCGGCGCAAUGCAAAUCAAAGAAGCAGGGUCGGGGGAGUGGGUGGAUAUGAACCAUCUGUGGGGGGCAAAUUGGUGCAUCAUUGGAGGGCCUUUAAAGGGGCCAUUCUCAGUGAGAUUAACAACGUUGUCCACAGGAAGAAGCCUCUCAGCAAGGGAUAUAAUCCCAAGGAAUUGGUCUCCCAAAGCCACUUACACUUCCCGACUUAAUUUCUUCUCUUAAUAAACAAAGAGAUAAGAGGAGUUUUUGUUCCUUAUUAUAAUGCACAAACCCAUAUUAGCUUCCUUUUUGUUUUAUGCCUAAAGGGAAGACUCCAUGGCAGGAAAAGUAGCCGUUAUCCGUUUUCUUUAGUGAAAAAAGUGAUCGCGUUGGAGUGCGAAAUGGCAUCCAAUGAAUGUAUCUUUUGUUUGUUUAGUUUAGUUGUGGAGUGUGUUGGAUAUUGAAUAUUGAAUGUUGAUAGCCCUCUCCUAAGUGGAGAGAGAGUGUGGUGUUGUUGUGUAUUAUUAAUUCUCAUCAUCUAAAUACAAGCAUACUGCUCGAUC